UUUGUGACAUGUCUUCCUGUGGCCAUUUUACACUUGGCUAACUAAAAAAAAACAAAAAACAAAAAGAAAACGUCGCACUCACCUUAGCUUCAGCGGGACGUUUUAUAAAAAGGCUGUUGUUGAAGUAAGUCCAGGUAGCUUUAACUGUCAAGAAGCAAACGCUUUGGGGAAAUUUCAAAGUCGACAUGGACUAUGAGCGGAGGGGUGGUCGAGGCGAUCGCAUCGGUCGCUAUGGCAGCUCUCACAAUGAUCACAACUUUCGGGAUAUGGACUAUCGUGCUUAUGGGCAAGAGGAUGAGGAGGGAGUCCAUGAAGUCAGAAUGGAAGAUGAAGGGUUAUUCAUGCCUGAUGAGGCGCUAGGUGCUCAUGACUUCCCAGCAGGUUUCCAAGGUUCCCCACAUUUUCACCAUAGAGGGAAUACCAGAGGCGACAUUAGUCUGGAGGGAAAUACCCCAGUAUGGCCUCCCUUUUCUCAGACACACCCUGAUUGUGCACGUCUCAGCCACCCAGGGGAGGAGGAUAGAUUCAGACAGGACUUUGAGCAGAUACAGACUGGCCCACCAGUAAGGGGUAGGCAGAGAGGUGGAAGAGGCUUUCCAGAAAACAGGGGUUUAAGUAGGGAUGGCAACUGGGUUGCCCAUUCUGAACAGAUGGAAUUCAGACCAAAAGAUGAGGAUAGGGUCUCUCGUGGAGGCGGAAGAAGGACGAGGACUUUUCCAGCAGCAGCGGAGGAAGGUGGCUGUGAAAGCGCUGGACAAGACCCGUCUGCAGAGGAACUCGACCAGAGAGACCAGGACUACCGGGCAGACUUGGACCAGAACCAGAGGCCCAGUAACAUUAUCAUGCUUCGCAUGCUACCAAUGAGUGCCACAGCCAAUGAGAUUCGUGCACAACUUCAGGAACAGGGGAUCCAGCCAAGAGAAGUUCGCCUUAUGAGGAAUAAAUCUUCAGGUCAGAGCCGAGGAUUCGCCUUCGUCGAGUUUAAUCUCAUACAGGAGGCCACCCGCUGGAUGGAGACCAACCAGGGGACGCUGACGAUUAUGGAGCAGCGCGUGUCCAUGCACUACAGCGACCCCAAACCACGAGCCAACGAGGACUGGCUCUGUAACAAGUGUGGUGUCCAGAACUUCAAAAGGAGAGAGAAGUGCUUCAAAUGCAGUGUGCCCAAAUCAGAGGCUGAGUUAAAGCUGCCACAGUUGCUGAGGGAAAUGCCUGUUGGAGUUCAGAAGGAGGGAGCCCAAGGCUUGCUGCCUCUGCCGGUAUCGUACCACUCUGCUGGUCCGAGUGUUUCCCCAGGGCCUGCGCCGCAGCCGGCAGAUGUCGCAAAUGACACUCUGAUUCUUAGAAACCUUGGGCCCCAUACAACAGUGGAAGCCAUUUUGUCUGCAUUGGCUCCAUUCGCCACCCUCUCCCCUUCUAAUGUUCGUCUGAUUAAGGACAAGCACACACACCUAAACAGAGGCUUUGCUUUUCUGCAGCUUUCUACUAUAGUGGAGGCCUCGCAGCUGCUUCAGAUUCUUCAGGCUCUGCAGCCCCCCCUGUCUAUUGAUGGGAAAGCCAUUGUAGUGGAGUUUGCCAAAGGUUCCAAACGUGAUGUCUUUGUGACUGAGGGGAGCAGAGUGAGCGCGGCUACGGUGGCCAGCACUGCUAUAGCCGCUGCGCAGUGGGCUAUAUCACAGAACACUCAGAAUGGAUCAAGUGAGGAUGCAGCAGUUUACCAGCAGGGAGCAGCAGUGACAUACAGUCACGAAGGACAGAGUUAUUCUGGGGCAGACAGCGUCACUUUAAGGGUCCAGACGGACUCCAGGAUCGCGCCCCUGGUUGGUGCAGGAGCAGCACUAAAUGGAGCAUAUACAGGAGGAACCCCAGCUGUUAUCUCAUCUGAGGCAGUAAAACUUGGUUCAGCAGCUGGACAGCUGUCUCUCAUCCCAGCUAUCUCCACACCAGCCACACAAGUUGAGAUUGUAGGAAAACCACAGCCAGCUGCUGCUAAUCAACCUGCCAUCCCCGGCACCGAACACGAGCUCAAACAAUAUCCUGUGCCAGAUGUGUCCACUUACCAGUAUGAUGAAAGCUCAGGAUUUUAUUAUGACCCAUUCACAGGACUCUAUUAUGACCCAAAUUCCCAGUACUACUACAACGCUAACACUCAGCAGUACAUGUACUGGGAUGGCGAGAAGCAGAACUACACUCCUGCUGCCAGCCAAUCAAACACUGAGGGUACACCAGUGAAGGAUGGAGCGGCGUCUUCGGACAGCACAGCAAGCAAAGAGAAAAAAGAGAAGCCAAAGAGUAAAACUGCUCAACAGAUUGCCAAAGAUAUGGAGCGUUGGGCUAAAAGUCUCAACAGGCAAAAGGAAAACAUGCGUUCUGUCUCUUCGUCCCCUGCUGUCGGCUCUUCUCGAGGGCCGGGUCACAGUCGCUUUGACGACUACAGAGAGUCUGCAAGUGCUGACGCAGGCUAUGCUGUUCUGGAGAAAAAGGGUGCGUUGUCUGAAAGGGCGCCGAGUUUUCUGGACCAGAUCCGACAAAGUACAGAACAGCUUUCGCCCCCUCAGCAGUCCGGUCUGGUCCCAGCCUACAGUGCAGAAAGUGACAGUGAAGACGAAGGAGCUGAGAAAGAUGAGAAAGAAGGGAGACUGACAGACUGGGUGAAACUGGCAUGUCUGCUCUGCAGAAGGCAGUUCCCUAGCAAAGAGGCCCUCAUCAGGCACCAGCAGCUCUCUGAGCUCCAUAAACAAAACUUGGAGCAAAGAAAAGCUCAGCUGGAAGCUAGUGGGAAGAGAUUAGCGGAUGACAGUGAACCACCAGAAGCUAAGAAGAGGAAGUUCAAUCCAAUUGACGGAACAGGAACUAGCCUGGGUGCAAGGAUGUUGCAAGGAGGUGUGAAGAAGGGGCUUCUGUUGCGCAACAUGCAAGUGGAGUGACCACUUGCAUUUUCCGUUUCUCCCAUCCUAGGAAAUGAUGAACUUUUAAAAGUGAACAUAUUAUUGCUAUCUAUAUAAAAACCUCUUACUUGUAGAUAGAUAUUAUAAUUACCUCAACUGUGGUAAUAGUCUCAUGAACGGAUCCUGUAGCAGUAAAUGUUGGAAUAUUGCACAAAUUGCACCUUUUUCGCUUGCUUCCUCAAUAAUGCAGUUUUCAUUUUUCACUGGCUUUGAGGUUUGUUUGUAAUAAAAAAAGUUUGGAAAAACAUUUGCUGCUCAGAAAUUGAGUAUCUGUAGCCUACAGAUCUUUAUGCCAGCAAAUGAGUCUAUGCACCAUAUAUUUUUCUUUUUCUUUUAAGUUAAUGCUGCAUGCCUUGUCAUUCAAUGAAUGACUGAUCUGGACAUGAGCUGUAUAUAUUUUUGAGUGAGCACUUUUCUACAGAUGUUGAGGCGGAAACAUUGUGGCCACCUGAACUGUAAAAAAAAAAAAGUCACCAUCUUUAAUGUGUAGAUAGGAAUUGUCUGUUUAUCUUGAUUUAAUGUACAAUGAAACUAAUAUUGUCUUUCGAAAAUUAUUUUUGUCUACGUAUUUGUCAACUAAUGUGACUGUUUCAUUAAGCUAAUGUACAUUUAAAAAAAAAAAUCAAUCUUCACUGAUGGAAAGCAUUUGAAAGGGGGUGGAAUGUAUAUCAGGUUUCAACAUUUUAACCAGAAAUUUCACCAGCUGUGUCUUUCGUUUAUGUUCGCAUAAAGAAAGAGGAAUAUAUUGCAAUUGCCGAUAUGA